AUGUUCCUAGCAUUUUACAUCACCAAUUUGAAUCAUGCGUUGGUAUUCCAGUUUCUGCUGAAUCAUGACUCGCCUUCUUUCAAGGCUUUAUGGGCUAAGAUGCAAACGGUGGCUCCAGAGGAUGCAAGCGGACACUCCUGGUUCAAAGCUGAUUUGGGGAAGGAUCUACAGGUGUACAAAACCAAAUCAAGGUCCAGCGAUCUAUUGUACUGGUGCUUAGUCACACGCCAGCCGAACCCAUUAGAACCGAUCACCUUCCUGGAGACCUUCGAGUCUACUCUUCUCAAUUACUUUGACAAGGAAAAGCUGCCCAUCAGCAAGCUAGUGAACAAUCAGGAUCGUAUUGCGCUACUUUUGAACUCAAUGGUGGACGCCAAUGAACCUGCAACUAUCGAUCUGAACAAACUCAAGGAAAUAGUUCCCAGUCGAGAAGAUCUUUCCAAAGUUCUAAGUUCUACGGCAUCAACUCUCAGCAAUCGAAUCCAGACUCGUGAUGCAUUACAAUCAAAAAACUCUGGUAUGCUCCCAGGCAUCGGAAUAUCGGUGAGAUCCACAGAUCAUCAGGCAGUCCCAUGGAGAACCCCGGGCGUCAAGCACUCUAAUAAUGAGCUUUACGUCGACAUGAUAGAGAGAAUCCAUGUUGUACUACAAAAAAACAAAAAGGCCAAUAGGUUCAACGUCGUACGGGCCGUGCUGGAAGGCUCUGUGGAUCUGCGGUCUCAACUAACAGGUGACCCUCUAAUAGCGCUGAACCUGGAUCUUGCGGGGCACGACUUGGGAAUUCCUGCGCUCCACGAAUGCUGUGAAGCCCACCUUAAUACUCAAGAGCUGAACGAGCUUCAUUUCGUGCCCCCCGAUGGAACAUUCAGACUCAUGCAGUAUACCAUAGACCUCGAGACCUCUACCACUCGCAGCAAGGUGCUAUCCAAUAUCGGCCUGGUCUCCGUUCACUAUGACACAGGCCUAGGGUCCAUGGCCGAUGAAUUCGAAAUUCGCGUCAACGUCGCCAGUUCACAGCAUUCUAAGCAUGUUGAGGACCUCGACAUUUUUGUCACCUUUGGGGCCCUCUCCACGUCUGUGACACAAGGCGCUGCUCCUGCUUGCAAACUCAAUGUUCUUAGAAAUACUCACGGCCAUUUUGAAAACUCCAUCGACAACGUGUCUGGUCACUGGAUAUUUGACAAAGAAACCCAAACUGGUACCUUGCCAAUUCUUCGUGGCUGUCUAGAGCAUGCCACACCUUCUCAAAUGGAAUCUUUGAUGCUCAUCGUAAGUUACUCAAACAAGGGCGAAUUACCUAGCGGUAUCAGAGUCCAAUCCGUCAAUAUUCUCUCGGGUAUGCCACGCAAUAUAACACCCUUCAAGGGAGUUAAAUACCAGGCCAAGACCGGUGACUUUCAACUGCGUUGA